UAACUCCAAGGUCUUCUCCUAAAUUCUCCCCCAACUAAAAAAAAUCUCUUCCCAGUUUCCACUACAACAAUCAUCAUCAUCUCACGCCAUCGCACAAAUCGAGGUCGAUCACUCUCGAUUCCGUUCCAAUCUCUGUCCCCUCCAAAACCCUAGAGAGAGAAUCUAGAGAGAGAAACCUCAAACCUCAAUGGGAGAAGAGGCUACGGGCGGCGUCGAUCCGCAGCGGAUCAAGAGGAUAGCGGCGGCGGCGUACGAUUACGAGAUCGAUCCGCGGUGGUCGGAUUACUGGUCGAACAUCCUGAUCCCCCCUCACAUGGCGUCGAGAUCUGACGUCGUCGAUCACUUCAAGCGCAAGUUCUACCAGCGCUACAUCGAUCCUGAUUUCGUGGUCGAGGCGAUGACUUCCACUGGUUCAUCACAAUCAGCCAGAGCAUCAAGUAGAUCAACAUCAGCUUCAGCAACAGAAAAUGCAAGGCCUCGCACGACAGCAUCUAAUACUGGAACAACUACUCCACCUGGGAGGAAUUCCAACUCUUUGCGUUUGGAUAAGCGGACCAUACAUUUUUCUGUCAAUGCAUGGGUUUUGGUUGUAGCAGUGCUUGGUGUCCUUCCUAUUGUGUCAAGGAAUCUUUCGAACAAGGCUUAUCGAUUGUCCUUGCUGGGCACGGCAAUAUCCUCAGUUUAUUCGUUGUACACUCUCUAUGGGAAACCCAGGGCCUGGAAUCUGCCUACUGUUCAAGCAUGGUUUCAGUCUAUAAUUGCAACAAAGGAUUUCAUUCGUUUCGUCUACUGCCUUAUGUUUGUUUCUUCACAGAUACACUUUAAAUUUGCCUUGAUACCUGUACUCUGCUGGGCACUUGAACAUGUUGCCAAAUUCCUGAGGCUUAACUUCAGUCGUUCCUUGUUCUACAGGAAAUACCUGGAGGAACCCUGUGUGUGGGUUGAGUCAAACAUCACCACACUUAGCAUCCUUAGUUCAAAUGCAGAGAUUGCUCUUGGUUUCCUUCUGAUAUUCUCACUCUUCUCAUGGCAGCGCAACAUAUUACAGACAUUCAUGUACUUUCAGCUUCUGAAGCUCAUGUAUCAUGCGCCUCCAACUGCCGGCUAUCACCAGAGCGUGUGGGCCAAGAUCAACCGGACUGUGUCUCCCUACAUCAUCCGCUAUGCGCCUUUCUUGAACACUCCUCUCUCAGCAGUCCAGAGAUGGUGGUUCAGGUAGGAGAAAGGAACAGGCUCGAGUCCUCGAUCGAACUAGAAGUUUAUCUUUUAUGCCAUUAGGAGAAAUAUUAUUUUGCUCGAAAAAAUAACAAAAACUAUCAUGUAAUAUCACGUUAGUGUAACCCUUCGCUAUAAAGGUGGCUGUGGAUUUCUAUCCAACGGUUAGAGAUAAUAAGCAAUUAUCACUGCCUUCACCUCGACGAUUAAUGCAAUAGUUGUGUUCUGCUAUUACGUAGAAUCAGUAGGGUUGUGGCGUGUCAACAAUAUGCUGCCCCCUUUUGAUGUGACAAAGUUCACUUAGCGUGAGUACUUUGGGUGAGCUGGCAUAAUUUCUGCUGACAUCAAUUGAAUGUAGGCGUUCUGGUUUCUGUU